CGUCGCUAGCUAGCUAGCUACUGCUGGGAAGUAGCGACAACAUUUUCAGGAUACUAUCAUAAUGAGUUAUGCAGAGAAGCCGGACGACAUAACGAGGGAAGAGUGGAUGGAUAAACUCAACAAUGUCCACAUUCAGAGAGCUGAUAUGAACAGGCUCAUCAUGAACUACUUGGUGACAGAGGGCUUCAAGGAGGCAGCUGAGAAGUUCAGGAUGGAGUCUGGUAUAGAGCCCAGUGUAGACUUGGAUUCCCUCGAUGAAAGAAUUAAGAUCAGAGAGAUGAUCCUGAAGGGACAGAUCCAGGAUGCUAUUGCACUCAUCAACAGUCUGCAUCCAGAACUGCUGGAUACUAACCGUUACCUCUACUUUCACCUACAGCAGCAGCAUCUGAUUGAGCUGAUUCGUUUGAGGGAGACCGAAGCUGCACUUGAAUUUGCCCAGUCGCAGUUGGCAGAGCAGGGGGAGGAGAGCCGAGAAUGUCUGACAGAGAUGGAGAGGACAUUGGCCCUGCUGGCAUUUGACAACCCUGAGGAGUCACCUUUUGGAGAUCUGCUCAAUAUGAUGCAGAGACAAAAGAUAUGGAGUGAAGUGAACCAGUCUGUGCUAGACUAUGAAAACAGAGAGUCAACACCCAAGCUGGCCAAGCUCCUGAAGCUACUGCUGUGGGCUCAAAACGAACUGGACCAAAAGAAAGUGAAGUAUCCCAAAAUGACAGACCUCAGCAAGGGAACUAUUGAAGACCCAAAAUAAGGACCCUGAGUGAAAACAUACCAGAACAUAACAAAAUGGACACAUUUCCUUUAUCUAUUUAUACCCCAAAAAACUGACUCAUAUACAGUACAACCUUUUCUUUUUUUGUAAGGGUUGCUUUUUGAUACUUUAAUAACUUAGAAUGUGUAAACUGGAUUGAUGGCAUUUCAAAAUGACCACUCUUACUAAAUUAACAUGCAGACGAUUAUUUGACAUGGUAUUAUAAUUUACAUAUUUGUUUAUGUAAAAUUAGUAUAUUUUCUUUUCUUUUGCAUAUUUCAGUUACACUAGUUUUUCUGUCUGUUGGCAGGGAAAGUUGGCAUAUGAGGGUGUGAAUAAAGCCUAAAUUAGGCUGUCACUUUCUGUGUGUGACCACUUAGAAAGAGCUAAGUUUGAUGUUCAGGGAGAAUGAUUGGCUCAGUGUGCACUGCCUCAAAUAAACAUAUACUUUACCUUAUAAAAACAUACACAUUUCAUGUAGUAGUCUUUCAGUUAGUAGUCUCUGUGACGGGAAUAGCCAAAACAAAAUACUUGGGAUGUUUCAAACUACUGUGACUGUAAAUUCCGUUUUAGAUUCUUACCACAUUAUGGCUUGAAACAUUACAAAAGAUGCAUACAGUGAUAUUAACAAAGAAAAGAUACACUUUUAGGUUAUACAUGACGGUAGUAAUUAACACAUGGGACAAGGCAAAAUUCCUGGAAAGCUCAAAACUUUGCAGCGGACUGUGCAAGCUUAAAGGCAGCCUCAGUUUCAUACAGUUGUAAAAUAUCACACAUGAUAUUAAAAGAUGUGAAUGGAUAAAUCUGUGUCCACAGACAUGGAGACACUUUUACAGAUGGAUUAUUUAUGGAAUGAGUAGCUCUUUUGCGAAAUUUGAUGUGCUUUUUUUGCUGGAAUAUUAUUUUGCAAUAAAAGUGAAUUUUAAAACUGGGCAAGUAAUAAAGGACAUUUAAGCUUG